AUGCCAAGUAUCCCGGAAGAUGACAUAAUUGCUGAUGGAAGCCAUUGCUUAUCGCUCGCUGAUAUCGAGCUUGUUGAUAUAUUUGGUCGCCGCAGAGCAACACUGCGACUGCGACCUUCCCAUAUUUAUCCCAAUGAAACACUAAUUCAUCAUGGCUAUCUAGGUUGUUCGCCACUAUAUCCAACAGUCGCUAUCUCCUUACGAACUCUCACCGCAUACCGCCAAUCUCACCGGACGUGCCCUCGUUUUAGCGUCCAAGCACAGUGCAAGACUCUGUGCCAUCUUCACAACAUACAUCUUGAAAUACAUUGCUGUAUGUCUAUUCCUUACCACGCAUAUCUCAACAUGCAGUUUUCUGCGGCAUAUGAUGUGUAUCUCGAGAUACUUCAUUGCGUGAAGACUCGCCUCAAUGCUGCUCUUGGACGAAACACUCCCAACUGGCGGCUUCUUAAUUCUUGUCCAUGUUGUGUGUAUAAACUCGAAGGCGAGCCUUCCCUUACUUUUGAAUGGCUGGCGACUGUCGACGGAAACAAUAGCCUCAAACGUUGGGCCUCAACAACAUAUGGCCUAGAACCACGAGAAGAUUCACGCCAGCCUCGUUCGGACUAUUGGAUCGACCAAGCGACCGUCAAUACAUUUCAGAACGAAGUCCGCGCACAGACCUCGAACCAUCCCAGACAAGAUGAUUGGGGUGAUGUUCCGUCUGAAAUGGAAGGAUCCGAAUUUUGGUGCACGGACAGAUGGAGAAAUGCUGGCCCUGAGCAACGUAAGAAGAUGUUCGCUGUUUUUGACGAGUCCGGCAUUUUUAUCACAGCCUGUUGGCACCGGUUUGUGCUUCUUGCUUGCAAUAUGGUUCGGAGCGGGGAACUGGCAAAAUAUCCUUUGGCUCUCCUCAAUCAUUUGAUGUCCGUCUUGGGUGAAAAUGGAGGUUGCGCCUAUGACAUUGGGUGUGCGUUUGCCAAGACACUGGCAAGCAGUAGUUUGGGACCCCGUGCCCUCGCCCUCAAUUUGCGGAUGAUGGUGGGUGCUUUCCACGGGCAUGCUCAUAAUCGGCACUGCCAGUUGGAUUGGCACCCCAUGUACAUUGACGGCACUGGGCAUACUGAGGGCGAGGGGUGCGAGCACGUGUUCGCAUCCUCAAAUGAGCUCGCGCGAAGUACGAGGCACGCAUCUGCAUUUCACCGACACCAGACCAUUGAGGAGCAUUUCUCGUUCUGGGAUGAAGAUAAAUACGCCGCAUUGAGUAAGGUUCAAGUCACCUUUUGA